AUGGCGUACAAAAAACCCAUUGAAGUUAUUGAAAUACAGAAAGAGGACUGCACAUAUACAGCUUCUUAUUGUAAUGAAAACGUUUGGUGGUUAUGCGAUUCGGUAAAGAAGAAAUUUCCAGAGGAAAUCCAAUACUGCUAUUGUGUUUACAUAUCGAACGAACAGAGGGCCACCCCGAUUUGGAAACAAAAAGCAAGUCAUCAACAAGAUGGACAAGUUGUAUGGGAUUAUCACGUUAUAUUCCUGUACCAAACCUCAGAAUCUGGGACAUUGGUUUAUGACUUAGACACCACCUUGACAUUUCCUUCUGACUUAAAGCAAUAUUAUGAAGAAGCCAUCAAGGACAAUAAAAGUCUUAAACCAGAGUACCAUAGAAUGUUCCGAGUAAUACCAGCUGCUGAAUAUCUGAAGUCAUUUGCAUCAGACCGAUUACACAUGUUGACUCCUGAUGGUCGUUGGAAGGCGCCACCCCCUCCAUACCCUCCGAUAAAAACAGAAGAAUGUUCCGACAACCUUCAAGAAUUCAUAUCAAUGGAGGGAAAUGGCCAUGGAGUUGUUCUCGGUUUGAGUGAAUUUUUGAAUAGGUUUUUGAACUCGUAGGAGGGCGAAAACUUGACAUUAAUCCACAACGAGCUGUUUUAAACAUAGGACAACUAAUUUGCGAUAUGUAUAAUUGUGUAUUAUUUACAUUUGCAUCAAUAUUCUUCUAAGGAUUCCUAUUCACGCCUUAAUCGAUAAUGGUAUAUAAUAUUUUUCCACUUCGGAUCGACCACGAAAAGAUAUCUAUUGGAAACUACCUAUUUUGUAUUUGUAUCAAGUUUUGAAGAACUACGAACGGCAGCA